UAUUCGGGUGGCAAGUAAUGCUGGUAAUAUUUUGUACACUGUUUAGUCUAUUUUUGUGAAUACUCGUGUUUUGAUAAAUUGAUAAUACAGCUUCAACUCGAGUGAAACUGCAUGGUGUAAUUGCUUAAACCUUUUGAAAACAAAACGUAAAUAUAAAGAAUAUGAUCUUCGUUAUUAUUGGAGCAAUACUUGGUCUAGCUAUUGGGCAGGAGUAUAGGAAACCGUGCUUGUACGGGGUGUAUGGAUUCGAUACAUCCAUAACGUAUACAACUUCACUGGAUGAAGAAAUAGAAUACGUGCUUGUAGAAAAUCAGUCUGGGUGUGAAAUUAAUCUGAGUGGAUUAUACACGAACCUGAGCACUUUAUACACUUCAUACAAUUCAAGCUUUAGGCUCCACAGAAAGGAGUUAGACAUCAGUUUAAAAAUAACAUGUACUGAAGGUGCAGUGGGAAACGAAAUUCAUUUCAAUUCUUCAUUGGAACAAAGCAUAAAUCAAAGUAAAGUUCAAGUAGCUGUACAAAUAGUGUUACGAGGUUGUUCACUGUUUGUAAAUGAGUUACAAGUCUUCAAGAAUCAUGGAAGAAUAUGGUCUAUACUUCAUACAGAUUCAAUAAUACACCCAGACUCCGACUGCUCUAGUCUGGCUGAAUUACAAAAUCUUAAAUCCCGUCUUCCAUGUGAUAGAAACAAUAGAUCUCCUGCUGUCUGGGAAGCAAGAUUUUUUUGGGAAUUCUGUAGCAAACCGUUUGAAGGAGUUUCCGAUUUAAUGCUACAAGGUUGUUCCCAUGAACACUACGAAAUUAAACACGACUUACUACAGCACUUAUUUCCAAACCUUCAAACAUUAAACUUGAAAUACGUUAACUUGACAAAAUCUCUGGUGACAUUUCCAUGGACAAAUGUAUAUAUUCAUUCACCAGAGGCAAAAUUAAUAACAUACAUAUCUUCCAGUUUUGCAAGUGACGUAAAGAAUACAUCGUCACUCGAAAGACAAAUAACGAUAAGCAGUAGCGAUGUUAACAUUAGCAAUGUGAAAUUUAUUGGAGAUAUAUAUACCGUUAGGUUAAACAGUAUCCAUUUGAAAAGUCUGAAUGACAAUACAUUCAGAAAUAUAAGUGGUUUAACACGGCUGGACCUGUCUUACAAUGAGCUAGAGACAAUCAAUCAAAACUUGUUCAAAAUGUUAACAAACCUGAAGUAUUUACAAUUGGGAAUGAACAAACUGACAGUCUUACACUCCGAGGUGUUUAACUGGCUACAUAAUUUGCUACGUCUUGAUUUGUCUCACAACAAAAUCAAAAUCUUGAAUCAGGGUCAGUUUAAAAACCUAAUGAAAUUAGAAUACUUAAAUCUUGAAAGUAAUAAUAUCACUGAAUUACCAGACGAUUUCUUAAAAGAUCAAGUCCAUUCUAUAAAGAAACUUACGUUAUCUUCGAAUCCGCUUGAAAAGAUUCCAGUUUACCCUCUAUAUGCUGAGGGAAUACGUUACAUAUAUCUUGAACAUUGUAGAAUCAAUUCAAGUGGCUUUCAAACGUUUAUAGACAGUUUAAGUCACAACGACCUUCAUGCAGCUUACGUUAGUGCAGAUCCCGUAAGCAGUGCAAUAUUGACGACUGGAUCUGAGUUCACUGGGUAUUUCGUACAAAGAGCAGUUCUCAGCCUAUCUUUCAAUCGAAUAGAAAAUAUCGAAACAUUAUUUUGGAAAGCAAAGAAACCAUUUUUGUUUCUAGAUUUGUUGUAUUUCUUUUAUGUAGUUCUAAGGGGAAAUCCAAUAGACUGCACAUGUAUGACACAAAUGCCAUAUUUUCUUAUAUAUAUAAAUUUAAAAACCGUACCGGAUGCAACCUUGAUACCUGCGAGAGACAACUGGAAAUGUGAGAAACCUUUGGAAUUGAAAGGGAGACUUGUUAUCAGUGUAUUAAGAGACGACAUUUACUGCCCGAUUUCAAUUGAAAACUGUCCAGAACGUUGCUCUUGUUUUGAGCGUGGAACCAGAAAUACUGUAAAUAAAAAUAAUAAAAAUAGCAGCACAAUCAUUGUCGACUGCAGAAAUAUAAACAUUACACGCUUGCCUGAAAAAAUGCCAUCUGGGAAACUAGAACUUUGGUUUCAAAAUACCAGUCUAACACAGUUAACUGCUAGGGACUACUUCAGAAAUACAUCAGUACUCGAUGCCUCGCACAACAGAAUUAACCUCAUUAAAUCAACUGUAGCAGUAGCAAUGGCAAAUUUUACCUCUUUGAAAUUAGAUCAUAAUAAUUUAACAAGUCUUCCUGUUCAAAUCAUGUCAACAAAUAUUAGAACACUAACGCUUGCAGAUAACCCUUUCAUCUGUGACUGUCACACCCGCUGGAUGAAGCCAUGGCUCCGCAAACGAACGAGCCCAGUUACAGACUGGAAGGCAAUUCAAUGUUCUUAUAACAGAAGCAUAGUUAGCCAGUUGAUAAUUGUGCCGGAAUCAUUCUUUGUUUGUCAGCCUACAAUGAGUAUUUCCCAACAUAUUAUUUUCCCAUCAGUUGUAACAGGUUGUAUUUUAUUUGUUUUAGUUUCAAUAUCUCUAUUGAUAUAUUUCCAAAGAUUCACAAUCAAAGUGUUACUCUUUAAGCACUUUGGGAUUCAUUCAUUUGAUAAACAAAAACACGAUGAUGCAAAUAUGGAAUAUGAUGCUUUUGUGCUUUAUUCACAAAAUGACUCUGAAUUCGUGAGUAAGAAUAUAAUAGAAACUCUGAUAAAGAAAGGUUAUACUGUAUGUGACUUAUAUGAAGACCUUGUGGUUGGUUUUACAUUUAUCGAUAAUAUUGAACACAUGGUCAACAAGUCAAGAAAAAUUAUUUUCACAAUGACAAAUGAUACACUCACUAAUAAUCUGCUGAUGUCUGUAUGGAAUAUAGCUUAUGAAAAAGGAAUUGACAGUUUCACAGACUCUGUCAUUUUAGUACUUGAUAAUGAAGUUAAGAGUAAAUGUGAAAACGAUAAACUUAGAAAAUAUAUAAGGAGUGGUAAAUUUAUCAAAAAGAAAUCAAACCUUCUACAAUCAAGUAUUUUGUAUCUUAUGCCAAAGCACAUGCACAUUGUAAAUGACAAUAAUUUGAAUAGGGUGAACACUGAUGACCCUGCCAUACCAAUGAUAGUGAAAAGGAAUAAUUAUGGCAAUGAUAUAAAUAGCAGUUUAGUGUACAUGUCGCACCCUGAGGAACAUGAUGAAGAGAUAAGGAACACCCUAAUUCCUGAGCUACAAAUCAAUGAUUAUGAUGUUAGAAUCUAUGAGAACGCAUUUAUUCCUGGUACAGAUAUUCGCGAUGAAAUCGACGAAACGCUUGAAGAUUCCGAACAUUUCAUAUUUAUUCUUUCACAGGAAACACUUCUGGACGAUGUUAAAAUGUUCAUUCUCUCCACUGUUAUAUCGAAAUCUGUUUUGAGUAAUGACAACUAUCUUUUGUUAUUCACUUCUGGCUUUAUAGAUUACUCGUGCUUGCCUAAUGAGAUAGAAAAUUAUUUAAACAAAUAUGUUACAGCAAGCAUCGCAUGUCCUGAGUUCAAAGGACGUUUGUUAAAAGCUCUGGGUUACAGACUUUAAUCUUAUUCUCUCUAAAAUCAUCCACAAUGUAUAUCAUUUUGAAAACAAACACCAACUUCCAAAAGAGAUCAAAAUUUAAAAAUAGAUUCAGGUUUUAUGUAAGUAUUGUUUUAAUUAUCGAAUCCGCUACAUGGAUUCUAGGUGAAAUUUAGAUAUAAACUAUAUAUAUAUUAUCAUUUUGACGGUCUAUGGUGGUAGUAACAUCUGAACCUUGUUCAAUAAUCUGUCAAUAAUGGCUGAAAUUAACAAUAGUAAAUACCCAAUCAAUUUUUGACGGUAUUUUGAAAAAUCAUAAUGGUCUUAUUUGGCUUCCGCCCUAAUUAAAACGAUGCUCUACACAUGAAUAAUGAUAUUGUCUUACAUUUAUGUUAUUAACUUGCUAUAGUAUUGGUCAAAAUCAUUUUUCUCGUGUACAUCGUAUCAACUUGCGAUGUUGAAAAGUUAUUUACAUUCAAGGUGACGUCACAUAUGAAUUGAAUAGAACAAGUUGACAUUCUCUUCUCAGUAAUUGUAAAGUUUUAGGCUUUUGUUCUAGUUUUACCAUCGGAAAUGAUUAUAUAAGGAUCUUAUAUGCCUACCUGUGUAAAACAGGAUUUUCCCUAGUACGCUUUUCUAUCCAUGCUGUGCCAAGGAUUGUGAAAACAGCAAAUUAAGAUCCCAUUGCGAAGGAGCGAACUCAUAGUUGGAGUGGAAAUGGCGGAGUGACGAGGGGGGCGUGGGUGGGGUCAUCAUUAAACCUAUCCAGAUAUUCCCUGAAAAUUUACCUUAUUGACAAUAUACAUCAAAUCAAAUCAUUACCUGUUUAUCAGUACAUCUAAACAUUCUCUUAAAUUGGCUUUUUUUUGCUUUAACAACUGUUAUUUCAAAAAAAAAGAAAUGUUUUUGGAUCAUCGGGGUGGGGAGGACCAGCCCUACCUGCUCCUAUGCCUAUGGAUCGUUUUUGUUGCAAAGAUUGAAAUGACUAUUUCCUGACAUUAUGUAUAUAGUUUGUGUAUGUUUUGGUAAUAUAAUAGUGCUAAACUAUGUGACGUCUGUCAACUAAGGAUUUGAAAGCCGCUGACAUGUACCGAAAAUUUGUCUUUUUACACAAUUUAGAUGUUUGCAACAUUGAAACGUUUUAUUCAGUACCACUGUUAGCGCUUAUAUCCUUUAGAUUUAUCACAGAUGUUUGAUAUCGUUAACAGUUAUGCACCACUAAAAUGUAUAAAUUUUUACGGUGUUCCGUUUGGACAAUCGUGACUUUUUAUUUAAUACUAAACCGCGAUGCACGAUGGUACUAUGACGAAAACGCAAUGGCGCGAUGGCACGAUGAUGAAACAACGAUGGUACGAUGGCGAAAACGCAAUGGCACGAUGAUGGAAUCGCUAUGGUGCGAUGGUACGAUGGUGAAAGGUCGGAGUAAUAUCGGUUUAUAGUAUUAAAUAAAAAGUCACGAUUGUCCAAACGGAAAUGGAACACCGUAAAUUUUACAUGAUUAUUCAUUUACGCUGGAGUUUUGCCUUUCACACCUUUCUAGAUGCUCUUUGAGACUUGUUAUCAUAAACCAUGCUUAUUUAGAUCUGUAUUGUUACAUCGUUAUAUAUAGAUGCUGUUAUCGCUUACAUCUUAACGAAGAGAUUAUACGUUCUAUUCUAUCCAAGAUAACGUUGAUAUUUGCAUUUGAUGGAUUGUUUUCGUUUUUAUAUCAUAAAUCAUGGUUAGGGCUUAUUUAGAUAUAUAUUUAGAAGAUGUUUUAUAUUGCUCAUAUCUUCAUUUUGCACUAUUAUAAAUGUAUAAAUUGUAAAUAAAUGUUCAUUUUUACGCUAUCCAAGAUAACGUUGAAGUUUGACUUUAACAUCAUUCUACAUGUUUUUGGAGAUGUGUUUAUUAUAUGAACCAUGGUUAAGGUUAAUUUAACCCUUACCAUGCUGGACACGAUUGAUUCUGCCUUUGCGACCAGUGUAGACCAAGAUCAGCCUGCACAUCCGUGCAGUCUGAUCAUGGUCUGCACUGUUCGCUAUUCAGUCAGUAAAUUUUCAGUAAACACCCCUUCAAAUGAUAAAUGGUACUGCCCAAAUUGGAAGAUAGACAAGUCCAUUAUAGAAAUUUAGUAUGGUAAGGGUUAAAUUUAAACUGUUACGCUACUGUAGAUGUUAUGUCAUUUUACAGCAAUAGAUAUAAGAAAAACUAAAUAGCUUUUCUUCUUACACCAUCAAAGAUGUCUUAUAACGUUGAGAUUUUAGGCCUACAUUGUGAAAAUUAUUUGUGAUUCCUGUACAAUACAUUAUCUCAUAACUUUUUUUUGAUUUAGAUCAAAGAAACUAUUCUUAAAGAAAUAUACCUACUUGCCAAUUUUUCAUCAGAUUGCUUAUUACGCAGAGAUAAGUUAACAAGAUUCUGCUAAAGAUAAAAUUGCCUCUCAUGAACAUAAUAAUUAUGUAUUAGUUUAAGUGUCAAAUGUUAUACCUUGUAGAGCGUCUUUUACAUAUUAUAGAUAAACAUUUAUUUGGAGAGUAUACAUCAUGUUAUAAUGUAUAUCUUGUAUAAGUUGGUACUAUUAAAAUUAGACAAUCAAUCAGACGUCGUAUAUAUUCAUAAAAUUACUUUAUUGUGAUAUUGUUUACUGCAUUAUGCAGGUCAUUUUGUACAAGGAUGAGAUCAAUACAACCAAUCCGCCAAUGAUUAUAUUUUUAAAUUGUAUUAGGAAGAUCUUUAUCGUCUCAGACUCUGUUCAUCAAGAUCAGUAUUGACAAAUAUUUUGGCCCAUAAGAUGAUAUUCAUUGACAUGACAGAAUGACUAUGAUAUAUAGAUUAUUAUGUAUUAACAACAAUAAAUAGACAUAUAGAUGCAGUGUUGAAACAAAUAUCCCGUAUUUUGGCUGGUAUAAAAGAGAUAUAUCAAAAAAUAAAUCUUACCUAAAUUCCUAUUUAUACAUUCCGGAUUUUUUGUAAAUUUUAAAAUGGCUACCACUGUAAAGUUUUAACGGUUCUUUUUUUUUACUGUUCAUGUCAGUCAGAGAAUGAUUUUAUAAAUCAAUUUAUUUGAUUUGUUAUAUUGUUUUAACCUUGUUGACAGCAAAACUAAAGUUGUUUUUUUUUAUUUAUUAAGAACUUUUGUGUCUGAGAAAUUAAAGAUGUUAUACCCUAGUGUCAUGCUUAAGAUAUUUUAUUUAAUAAAACAAAAUGUAUAAUGCAGUAUAUUUUCUUAUUAAAUAUAAUUUGUUGUCAUUAUACCUGUUUUAUAUUAAAUCAUUAAGUCAAAAACGGGGUGAAAAGUUUAAAUAUUUCGUAUUGAAGUGUGAUACUUUGUGUUAGUGUUUAUAAAUGUAUAAAGCUUGAA